GCCGAAAUGGCAUCAUUCUUUGACCGGUGGCACUGCCAGCGCAUGAUGAUGUCGUCGUCGUCGGUCGCUCCUCGGCGCCCGUCGUCGCCUCGCCUCCGCGCGCUCUCGUCCUCGUCCAGCAUCAGCGACGAGCGCGAGGCUGUGGCCGUGCGCCGCGCCAACAGCGCGGCCAAGAUGCCCGUCGUGACGCCGGACCGCUGCAAAGGCUGCCUCCGCCUCUUCUCCAAGAUGCUCACGACCAAGCAGUGUUUCCGCUGCAAGAACUACGUGUGCGCGCUCUGUGUCUUCAAGGUGCCCAUGUUUCAUGGCGAGAAGGGCAAGCUGCCCAAGCACUCGCUCCACGCGCGGCUCUGCGCAUCGUGCUACGACGAAAGCAUCCUCUGCGACAACAGCACCAACAGCGCGAGCAGCCAGCCCGAGAUGAGCCCGCCGUCGGGGCGCGACACCGCCGGUCACUUUGACGACGACGCCUGCGACGACUGCGCCUGCGCCCCCGCGCCCAUUGUCGUCGCUGGCCCGAGCAGCACGGCGUCGCUCUGGCUUUCUCUCGUUACGGGCUCGCUCAUGCUCGGCGUUGUGCUUCUCGAGUCGACCGAUUUUCACGUCCGCGCCGGUAGCCUCGUCGGUUUGUACGUGGUUUUUGUCGUCAUCCAUCCGCUCUGGAAGUCUCCGUCGACGCCACUGCCGACGCCGAAACCUCGACGAAUGUCCAAGGCGAAGCGAGACCCGAGCGAAACCGCGUCUUCGGACGACGAAGAUGAGCCUUCGAUCAACAUGGAGGCGGUUCUCCUUGCCAAGAAGGAAUGGCUCGAAGCCCGCUGGAGCGAGCUCACGUCGGAACAAGCUGCUUGGGUCAAGAACGAGUCCAAGUCGACGGCGAGCAUUACGCUCUCGGAGCUCGACUGCGGCGACGACGUGCCCGUGUGCAUCAAGGUCGAGGCGUUUGUGCCCAACACGAGUGCUGACGAGAUCCUCUCGUUUAUUGGCAACCCGGACCCAAAAGAACGCAUCAAGUGGGAUUCCCACAUGGCCACGCACACGGUGGUCGAGAGCGUCGAGUGGCCAGUGACCAACCAAUCGGGUCGCGUCGUGCACAACGUGCAGAAGAGCCAUGGCAUGGGCCUCGUGCCGUCGCGGGACUUUGUCUUGCUCGCGCUGCGCAAGUCGCCGACGAUCUACGUCCAAGGCAGCCUCGAGCACCCGAGCGUACCGGACCGACCUGGCAGCGUCCGUGGGGUGCUCCAUAUUCUCGGCUUUGAGUGCGUGCCCACUGACGACGGCGUGCACUUGACGUACAUCAAUCACGUCGACAUUCGGGGGUCGCUUCCGCGCAAGCUCGUCACCAACGGCACGUGUGACAACAUGAUGAAGCUCAUGACGACCGCCGUCCAAGCCAAAAAGAAGUGGCUCGUGUAAACUGAAAAUUUGCGUUUUUGAUGCCCGAUUGAAUAUAUGUAGAUAGUAUUACUA